AUGCUCGGAAGACAAGCAAACUCAAGAUUGAAGCCGCAAUUAGUUCAAUCUCUCUCCCUCCCAACGCUUAGAGUAAGAAGACCGGCAAGCGGUAUCUCAUCCUUCCCUGAACCUCAAAAUUUCCCCAGCUGUCGCAACCUAAUUGCCCUCCUCUCUUCCUGCAAAACCCUAAACGGCAUUACACAAAUCCAUGCUCUCUUGAUCACUACGGGUCUCCAGUUUGACACUUCAUCAAACACCCACCUCAUAGCCAAGUACGCUUCUUUCCAAAGAUGCCAACUUUCUCGCUUAGUGUUCGAUUCUGUGAAGAAUCCUGGUGUAGUUCUGUGGAACUCGAUGAUCAGAGCCUAUGCGACGACGCGCCAAUACAAAGAGGCCCUUCAAUGUUACCAUUUAAUGAAGGGGAACUUGAUCCAUCCAGACAAAUACACUUUCACUUUUGCACUCAAAGCUUGUACUGGAACUUUAAACUUAGACGAGGGCCGUCUAAUUCAUCGGGAAAUAGUUGAUAGAAAGCUUCAGAAUGAUGUCUUCAUUGCAACUGCUCUUGUUGAUAUGUACUGUAAGAUGAGUGACUUGGUAUGUGCCAGGGUAGUGUUUGACGGAAUGCCUCACCGAGAUAUUGUGACUUGGAAUUCAAUGAUUUCUGGGCUUGCGCAGAGUGCCGAGCCCAGUGAAGCCUUGGAAUUUUUUAAGCACAUGCAGCUGGACUGUGGGGUAGAACCUAAUGCUGUAAGCUUGUUAAAUUUGUUUCCGGCGGUUUGUAAAUUGACAUAUUUGAAAGCUUGUAGGUCGAUACAUGGAUACAUUUGGAGGAGGGAUUUCCCUACUGCAGUUUUAAAUGGGUUGAUUGAUAUGUAUGUGAAAUGUGCAUCUCCCGAUGUUGCUAGGUUCAUUUUCGAUAGGAUGGUCGGGAGAGAUGAUGUGACAUGGGGAUCAAUGAUGGCUGGAUAUGCAUAUAAUGGGAGAUUUUCUGAGGUUCUGGAACUUUUUGAUGACUCGAGAAGGAAGAAUUUGAUGAUAAAUAAGGUGUCAGCUGUCAAUGCUUUGUUGGCAGCUUCUGAGCUGAGAGAUAUGAAGAAGGGGGUUCAGAUUCAUGAAUCCGUAGUAAGACAGAAGAUUGAUUCUGAUAUUUCAGUGGCUACUUCUUUAGUUACCAUGUACGCGAAGUGUGGGUUGGUAGAGAGGGCGGCAGAAUUAUUUUGGAGGAUUCCAGAAAAAGAUAUAGUUGCUUGGUCUGCAGUUGUAGCUGCCUUUGCUCAAUCUGGCAAUUUUGAAGAGGCUAUCUCUGUCUUUCGAGAUAUGCAGAAUCAGAAAAUGAAGCCUAAUGCUGUAACUUUGGUUAGUGUGCUCCCGGCUUGUGCUGAGUUAUUGUCUCCGAACCUUGGGAAGAGCGUGCAUUGUUGUGCAGUCAAGGAUGGUGUCGACUAUGACAUAUCUGUUGGAACAGCCCUUGUUUCCAUGUAUGCAAAAUGCACUCUUUUUCCUUCAGCGUUGAUUGUGUUUGAUAGACUGCCUUAUAAAGAGACAGUCACAUGGAAUGCUUUGAUAAAUGCUUAUGCACAGAUUGGUGAACCUUACCAUGCAAUUGAGAUGUUCAACAAAAUGAUUUUGUCUGAUUUACGCCCAGAUUCAGGCACCAUGGUUGGUUUACUUCCAGUUUGUGCCCUUUUAGGCAAUCUUAACCAAGGAAGUUGCAUGCACGGACAAGUUAUCAAGUAUGGAUUAGAGUCUGACUGCCAUGUGAAGAAUGCUGUGAUUGAUAUGUAUGCCAAAUGUAGAAGCUUGUCAGCUGCAGAGUACUUAUUCAAACAAAUUGAGUUUGAUAAAGAUGAGGUGUCCUGGAAUGUCAUGAUUGCAGGUUACAUGCAUAAUGGAUGUGCCAAAGAUGCCAUGUCUGCAUUUUGCCGCAUGCAUUCAGAGGCUUUUAAACCUAAUUUGGUCACUAUUGUGAGCAUCCUUCCAGCAAUGACAUUCUUAACAGCCCUUAAAGAAGGUAUGGCUGUUCAUGCAUACAUACUACAGAGGGGAUUUCAAUCUUCGGUACUUGCUGGGAACGGUCUUGUUGACUUGUAUGCUAAGUGUGGUCGUUUAGAUUAUUCUAAACUAGUAUUCAUAGAGAUGAAGAAUAAGGAUACAGUUUCGUGGAAUACCAUGCUUUCUGCAUACUCUGUGCAUGGGCUAGGUGAUGCUGCACUUGGAACUUUUGCCCUUAUGGAAGAAAGCGAAGUCAAUUUGGGUUCUGUCUCCUUCACCAGUGUCUUAUCUGCAUGCAGACAUGCAGGUCUGAUUGAAGAGGGUCGGAAAAUAUUUCGCUCCAUGAAGCAGAGGUAUAAUAUCGAACCAAGUUUGGAGCAUUAUGCAUGUAUGGUUGACCUAUUUGGUCGUGCUGGGUUAUUUGAUGAAAUUUUGGAUCUGAUAAAGGAAAUGCCUAUGCAACCUGAUGCUGGUGUUUGGGGAGCAUUGCUUGAUGCUUGUCGAAGGCAUUCUAAUAUUAAACUAGGUGAGCUAGCCCUGAAGAAUCUGACCAACCUUGAGCUGGGGAACAUGGCACAUUAUGUCGUGUUAUCAAGCUUAUAUUGUCAAAGUGGCAGGUGGAAUGAUGCAGGAAAUACCAGAUCAAGGAUGAACACAAUGGGACUUGAGAAGACGCCAGGUUGCAGUUGGCUUGACACGGAAGAACAUUUGCAAGUCAUAUAA